AUGUGUUUCGCAUUUCGGAGCACUUGUAGAUUUCAACUUCUGUAAGCUGCACGGAGUCAACGGAAGGCGAAGAGAAGGAAAGAGAUAAGAAGAGUAAACUAAUAAUGUCAGAAACAGCGAUGGAAUACAGCGACAAAUCCGGUAGAAUCGAAACUGCAUCAAAAGAAUCUGACGAUUCAGAUGAUGAGAUCAUUGUGAAAACACCGUCAUGGCCUACAUAUCAAGCACCAUCAAAAGACAGUAAUGGCUCGGACUACACAGAUAAGGAUAUUAAAAACUUUGAAGUUAAUGAUGAAUCUGGUGGCAACCAUGACACUGAUGAUGGAGUGACUAAUAAAGCACCACGACGUCGCAUGAAUUUUCAUAGUAGCUCGGACUGCUCAUCAGCACCAGCAAAGUCAUGUUCAAACAAUCACUAUAGCAGUUCAUGUGAACAUUUGCAUCAUAAACCUCAAACAAGUACCAAAAAGGCAAAUCACCAAGAGCUAUCUGAAGACAACAAUUCAAAGUUGCAAAGUAAUUCAGAGUCAACACAAAAAAAAGCAUUUUGCCGUCUAAACUGAUUCAUUUCUGGAACUGGAACAGUCACUGAUGAGAUCAAGUUACUGUUGUCGCAUCUGAGGACAAAACAGGCAGGCAUGCGUGGAGAACAAAUGAAGAUAUAUGGGUGCCUGGUGACAAGCAAUUAUAUUUCAAAAACAUUUUUUAAAAGUAUUUAUUAAAAUAUAAUAUAUUUAUGAAGUCAUUUAUUUGUAGUAUCAUGCAGUAAAUCAAACAAUAAGUGUGAACAAUGCAAUUUUAGAUCAGUAUUGGAACCGAAAAUCUUAAGAUUUAUGAUGUUAGGAUAUAAAAGAAAAAUGAACUUACAAUGCUCUGACUGGUUAGACUAUGUCAUGUGACCCUUAAUAAAAAAGUAAUGCUUAUUUAAACAAGACUGUGGUGGUUAGUCCAUGAACUUUACAGACAGUUCCUUUCAAAUGCAACCAGGUUAAAUUUGAAAGAAUGGGAUUGAAAAAUAAUGACUACACAUGAAGUAUCUUCAGAACUGCAACUAAUCCAGUGUCCUGGUGUGUCAGGAGUUUUCGGUGAAAUAAGAGUUUCAGAAAUUGUUACCUAAGAAUAAUUUUAGCAUAUAUGGUUAAGUCUGCUUAUGAGCCGAGUGGCCCAUCAGGCCAGAGUUUAUCCCAGUCUCUGUAGCAUGAAGCGACUAGGAGUAUUUCUACUCCCCCCUUGAUGGGAUGCUAGUCCAUCGCAGGGUUAUCCCCAGCAUUAAUUAUCCGGUACCGAUCUGUACACCUGGGAAGGAGGCACUGUGAGUGUAAAGUGUCCUGCCCAAGAACACAACACAAUGUUCCCAGCCAGGGCUAGAACACAGACUGCUCUAUCCGGAGUCGAGUGCUCUAACCAUGAGGCCACCACUCCUCUCCCCACCUCUU